CCCGUGUACGACCUUAGGUCUUUACUCCUUUUUUGUUUUUGCCUUAGGGUUUCUUCGCUCUCGGGAAAAAAAGGGUUUUGGGUGUUUUUGUUUGGCCAGACUUGGAAGUAUGAGGCCGGUUUUCUGUGGAAAUUUCGACUACGAUACUCGCCAGUCGGAGCUGGAGCGGCUCUUUGGCAGAUACGGAAGGGUGGAUCGCAUCGACAUGAAAUCUGGGUAUGCUUUUGUUUACUUUGAAGAUGAACGUGAUGCUGAAGAUGCCAUACGAGGCCUAGACAAUAUUCCUUUUGGCUAUAGUAGGCGCAGGCUGUCAGUUGAGUGGUCGAGGCAAGGAGAACGUGGUCCACGACAUCGUGAUGGUUCUAGGUCAAUGGCAAACAUGAGGCCUACUAAGACACUUUUUGUUAUCAACUUUGAUCCAAUCCGUACCAGAGUCAGGGACAUUGAAAGGCAUUUUGAACCUUAUGGAAAGAUUUUAAAUGUUCGGAUUAGGAGGAACUUUGCAUUUGUGCAGUUUGAAACACAGGAGGAAGCCUCAAAGGCCCUUGAAUGUACCAAUAUGAGCAAGAUAUUGGAUCGUGUGGUAUCUGUCGAAUAUGCCUUUAGGGAUGAUGGUGAGCUUGGUGACAGGCGGGACAGCCCUAGAAGAGGUGGUUAUGGAAGGCGUGACAGCCCUUAUGGUCGAUCUGUUAGUCCGGUGUACCGCAGGGGACGCCCAAGUCCUGACUAUGGUCGUGCUCGUAGUCCUGUGUAUGAUCGAUAUGAUGGACCGUCAUAUAAUAGGAGCAGAAGUCCAGAUUACGGUCGUUAUUCAAGCCGGUCUCCUGUACGGAGGUCUAGGACUUGAAGCAUCUGGAUUCCGUGGGAAGUCGUGCAUUUUGAUCAAGUCAUCGGUAGUUGUUAGGACUUUUAUGCAUCUGUUCCUACUACCAUCUGGUUAGCUCCUAGUAAGUGCACCAGUGUAACAUAGUUUUUAGAUUCUUCCCCCCUUUUGUAGUAAAAAGCUUUACUGCUAUGACCGGACAUUGGUUUCUUGCUGGUUGCUUUAUUCAGUUUAGGUUUUAUUAGAUAAUUACCUACUGGCUUUGUUAUCUUGUUCUUUCUCCAAAUAAUUUUAGUUGGUGCUA